CAGGUCUAUAGUUUGACACAACUUGAGGUUUUUGACACCUUACAGUGUAUCAAAGAGGGAUUGGAAGUGUUUGAAAAGCUUUAAGGUGAAGUAAACAGGAUGAUUGUUGGAUUUAACAAACUGAUGUAAGGCUCUCAGUGAUUAACCUUACCAUCAUCACAUUCAAGACUGAUCAAGACUUUCAUUGCAAUGAAAGGUGUGAAGGGGAGUAAUGAAAGCAAGCUAUUACUCUUGGCUGAGUACAAGUUGAGAAGACCCAUCUGAUACAUCACUUAUCUAGGGACCAUAUAUUAACUUGAUUUAUGGAACAAGGAGAUGGAAUAGAGGCUUGCUCUGUUCACUAGGGGCAGCACAGUGGCACAGUUGCUGCCUUACAGCACCAGGGACCUGGGUUCGAUCCUGACCUCAGGUGCUGUCUGUACAGAGUUCGUACGUUCUCCCUGUGGGUUUCCCCUGGUGCUCCAGUUUCCUCCAAAGACCUACAGGUUUGAAGAUUAAUUGAGUUCUGUUAAUUGUCUCUAGAGUGUAGGAUAGAAUUAGUAUAGGGAUUGCUAGUCGGCACGCCAACUAAAGGUCCCUUUUACACGCAGUAUCUCUAAACUAAACGAAAAAGCUAAUCCCAAGUUGAAUUUACACAGCUUAAAUUAAAGUAGGAAAUUGGAAAGGUUCUGCUUGACAGAGUGUAGGUGGCCUGGGGAGAGAAAUGAUUUAAGAUCAAAAGACAACUUUAAUGAGGAGGUGGUGCUGAGAGUCGUGAGUGGAUUUAUAAUAGUCAGAAAGCAAUUGAUAAUAUAAGCCCUGCUUGAUUCGUCAGGUGCGGGAAGGAAAUUAUUGCUUCCUGAAGAGGAGCAAUGGGUGAAACAAAUAGAAAUUGCUUGAUGAAUUUGGUCAUUAGAGCGAUUAAAUGCCAGGUGGUCGUCAGGUAAAAAUACUAGGAGCUAUUUACUAAUGUGGGGAGUAAACCCCAAAUAGCCCCAUUUCACGCUGCAUCUCAAAGCAUUUCCAUUCAUCGAUUCAAAUAAUAGAGAAUGACCACUUGUAGAGUCCCAGCUGCUCCUGCAAUGUAUAAGAUGAUUGAGUGAUGUUUGCUGGAAACCUUGUCGGUGCUGGAGGCUGUAAGCUCUUCCAGUGCAAUGAUUGAGAUCAAAUAUUAACUAACUAGAGAGUGGACAUCCCUUCUACCCCAUUGUAGACCUUCAAACUAUCUUUAGUCGGACUUUAUCUUGCACUAAAUGUAAUACCCUUUAUCCUGUAUCUGUACACUCUGGAUUGCUCGAUUGUAACAUGUACUCUUUUCGCUGACUGGGUAGCCUUCAACAAAAAGCUUUUCACUGUGACAAUAAGAAACUAAACUAAUAAACAAAACUAAAAGAGAUAAGGUUACAAUAUCGAGGUUUGGAAUUUCUUAUGUGUGUGUUGUAUUGGGGGGCAGCAGGUGAAGAUGUGCACAGGCCACAUUGCCACUAAAGGAACAGUAAUCAGGAGCAGCAUUAAAGAACCCCACUUUCUUAUAUUACAUCUAGCAGACAGAAACUUGCAGUCCCUUCAUGGACACAUGUUUGUGAUAGCUAAACUAUUUCACAUCAUGAGCCAAAUCAGUAGUUGAGAAACAGUGUACGACAUUGCGUAUGCUCACUGCCAAGCUCUUCCCUGUCCAGGCUCCCGUCCCUCCAUGUUAUGGACUGCAGACAGUAGGACCAUGGCACCAUGAAGCAAAGGCCGUGUAAGCAUUGGGGAUGGUAGUGGAUGGUGGUAGGAAAGAGGGACAGUAUAGCUAGGGGUUUGCUACUUUUCUCUGCAAACCCAGAAGACUAUUGCAGGAUUAAGGACAACAUGGCUAGACAGGUACUCGGAACACGGAAAAAGGAUCCAGUUGUCUUGGUCCACACUGAAGCAGAAUAUGCAAGCAGAUAGGCUGUGGGCCGAGGAGCUUUAUUCUGCAGUUUCGUGACCCAAGUCACCAAACUACAUGAAAUUUUCACAUAUUGUGUAAAAAUAUUUAUAUAAAUCACUCCUGAAACUCGAUAUGAAGAAGACUUGCACAUUUUUUUAUUAAAUUAGAGAAAAAACAGAAAAAUGUCGGGUAUUUUUUAGUCCAAUCAAAGCACGUUUAACAUUGAGUUGUCUGCCAUUGGCCAAUCACGCGCUUUGUUUCAGGCUAGCACACAAAAUGGCUGAGGGGGCUUCACAGAUGCCUGUUUUACUGGAGAUUCCGAUUUGUUGUUCUGUGGAUUAAAUGUCGUGGAUACAUGCAGCAGGUUAAUUGUAUUUAGUGGGAAAAGCAUAAAAAAGGCUGAAGAAAGUGCUGCGAAGUGGAUUAAAGUGCAAGAAUGCCUUCAAAGUCCCUGCUGAUGUGCUGGAACACAAAGAAGGCCCCCAUGAAUCAACUAACUGAAAGCCACAUUAAAAUAAGAGCAUGUGGAGGUGCAUUUGUGGAAAUGAAAAGCCUCGUGCAUCGGAGGGGGCACUGUGCUGCCAGAGUUCUAAAGGUAAGUAUUUGGUGGCAGAUUUAACUGAGCAGGUGGCUCAGUAUGAACAACUGGUAGUGCAGCUGCAAAAUGACAUCCAGGACAAAGAGACCCAGCUACACGUGAGAGAUGAACAGCUUAAGGUGCUGGAAGAAUUGAAGGAGAAACUUCGUGAACAGGAUGAGGCACAGCUGGAAACAACGCAGCAAGUGGAAGUACUGGAGCGAAAGCUCAAUGAGAAGAAUCGGGAGCUAGCGGAGUUGGUGGAAGAUUUGAGGAAGCUAGAGGACCUGAACGAAAAUCUCGACAACCAGCUUCUGGCUGAACACUACGCCAGCCUUAUCACGGUCCGAGAUUUGAAAGAAGGUCACAAGGCCGAUUUAGCAAAUCUCAAAGAACAAGUGAGGCUUCUGAACCAAGAGGCGGAAAGAUCGGAGGACAGCUCCUUGUCAAUUGAAGCUUUGUUCCAGUCUAAAAUCGAGCAGAUCCAAGAGGAGCUGGACAAUGUACAGAAGCUGCUGCUGGAGCACAAAGAUGUGGAGAUUGACAAUGAAGAGGAGGACAACCAGUUACACCUAAAUGUGAACUGGCCACACUACGUCAAGGGACAAAAUGAGAAGCUUCAAACAAUAGUAGAAGAAGAUGAAGAUGAAUCCCAGUUCUCGCAAACAAGUGAAUCUGAAUCUGAAUCUGAAUCUGAAGAGGAACUGGUGAAGUGGCGAGAAACGGUUUCUAAGUCAACACUGAGCCAUGACAACAAUGAGUGGAUUGCCAUGUAUUUAAGGGUGAAUCAAGUUGAGGAAAAAAGAGAAGUUUUGACCUCAGAACUGCCGGAGCUGGAGGAGGAAGUGAGGGACCUUCAGAGACCAGGACAGGUUCAAGGAUGGACAAAGCAGACCACAGCUGGCCAAAACCUUAUGGAAAAUGAAGAACUGGAAGCAACACAGCAGGAGCGCACAGAGCAAGAUCCGUCCUCCAGCAAGAGGGAAUUGCCUGAGCUAAGACCAGCGCCCAGGAAGUACAGCAUCAGUCUGGAGUCAAUCGAGGAAUGCGAGGAGGAUUUGGAGAUAGACCCCAGUGAAGAGGUGGUGGUGGUACGGAAGGCGAAGAGGCGAGUGAAUUUCUUCAAGCGUUUAUUUACUGCUCGAAAAUGAAGACUUCACGGACCAGGUCACGCUACUUGGUCUUGGCGUACUUUGCGACACCACAUUUGCUUGUUUACGUGUGCCUGGCGAGACGUUUGUAGAUGCACUACAGAUGGGAAUGACACCAAUGUAUUUAUCAAAGUUGUUAAUGAGUUAAACACUGACCUCAGGUGUAUAAAUGAAUACUGUAUUGUUAAUGCAUGAAAAGUAUGAAGGCAGCUCCCAGCGAUGCAUGUUGGUGUUGAACCGGCCGACCCCUGUACGGAGCCGAUUCAGGGCGACCCACUCUUUGCAGGGCAUGUCCGAGCCAGGUGGGACUGUGGUGUUCGGUGCAACAGUGAAUUGAAGAGGUCGGGAAGUCUGUUCCCAGCUGGUUCUCCAAGCUCCUAGUGUGUUGAAACCGGAGCCACAGAGGGUGGCUGCGUGACGGGAGAAGUGGCAACGAGAUGACAGGCGUUGAGGUCCCAGUUGCUGUGAGUCCUGAGCGAGGUGGUGCAAAGGAUGUUUGGUGUCCGAUGGGGCCUUGCACACCAGCCUGUGGGUGAAGUACUCUGCGAAGCUUGGCGGGUGUGAUACCUGCGAGCACCGGCAGAAGAUCCGGAGUAGGGCAUAGGCAGCCGGUGAUGAUCCGCAUGGUGUCGUUGAGGAUGGCGUCUAGCUUGCUUGUAUAAGCGAUGCGGCAUCAUGCUGGGGCGGUGUACUCAGCGGCGCUGUACAUGAGUGCAAGAGACUGGUUCAGAGAGUAGAUAUCCUGGCGCCCCAUGAUGAUCCAGCCAAGCAAUGCAGGAGGUUGUUCCGCGCCGAGACUUUAGCACGGAGAGCUUCAAGGAGCGCUUGUAGGUCAGCUGCCGAUCUAGUUUCAACCCAAGGUAUGUAGGAAAUGGGUUAUAGGGUAGGGGUGACACAUUGAGGGUGACGGUUAGCUGGCGUUGAGCUUUCUUGUUCAGGUGAAAGGCCGUUGUGGUGGUUUUUGCCACACUCAGUUUUAGUCUCCAGGUCUUAAGGCAGCCCGCGAAAAGUACCAUAUCCACUGAAAGCACAUCCCUCAUGUUUGACCAACUCCUGUCCGAAUGCAGUCGGGCCAGGUCAUCUCUGUAUACAUACUGGCGCUAGUUUGUGCGUGGCAUAUCGCUGAUGAAGAGAUUAAAGAGCAUGGGAGCCAGUACCGAGCCUUGGGGGACUCCGUUUCUUAGCCGUUGCAGUCGGCUAGAUUGUCCGUCGCUGGUCUUGAGUACAAAACUGCAGUUGGCCGGGAUGUUAGCAAGGGACCGCACUAAAUGGCGGUCAGUAAUGGUGUGGAGGAGCUUCAAGAUCAGGCCCUGGUGCUACACUGUAUCGUAGGCGGCAGUGUGAGGUCCACCUUGCAAACCUUUUCCAAACUGUCUUCGAUGUCAUUGGUCAGCUUGACUAUUUGGUGGGUAGUGCAGCGUCCCGUACAAAAGCUUGUACAGGACACAGAGGAGUGAGAUGGGUCGAUGGUUCCUUGGGUCGUACACACGCUUGUUUGGUUUUGGUAGUGCAAUGACGGUGGCUUUCCGCCAGAUCUUCGGAAUGGACUGACCAAUGAGGCAAGAGAAGUAGAACUCACGGAGCCAGACCUGGCAUUUAGGACCGCAGUGUUUCAGGAAUUCUGAGGGGGAUGCUAUCAGGACCCUGGGCUUUUCCGCAUUUCAAUUGAGUGAUGACGGGAGAGAAUUCUGCAGAGGAAAAGGCUGCUGACUGGAGCCCAUCAGUGCCUGGAGCUUUCCAAAGAUUAGUGGUUUCCUGUUUGACAGAACGAGUAUGAUUCUUGUCCGUGUCUUUGAAGCUGCCGUUGCCCAGGAGCUGGUGGGCGACAGAGUUGGACGUGACUGGGCAAUGCUUUGGGCGGGUACUUCGACCGUUGAGGCGAUUGAAGGUCUUCCAUUCCACCCUACUGGAGUGUGUGAAGUCGAUUCCUUGGACUGUCUCUUCCCACCAUUCUCUGCGCUUUUUGUCAAGGCGGAUUGCCAGUUCCGUAGCCUUGGAGGCAGCCUUUUCGCCAGGUUCAGCGUCCAGGAAUGCGUCGUAGCAUGCGUCACACUCUUCGUCCCAUGUGGGGAUGUACCGGCAAUGAUAGCCGCGAGGAAUGGAACUCUUCGCAGCCCUGAUGAGUUUACAGAAGGCUGUGUAGGCUUUGUCCAGAUUGGUGGAGGUGGGGGUGGGGAAGGCUGUCGAUCCAGAAGUCCACCAGACUUGUGAACUGGUCUCACCUGGCCUUGCGGAAAUUCCACCUCUUCGCAGGGUUGGUUGGGAGAAGCUCGAUGGGGUUGUCUGGGAUAAUCAGAGAUGGGCGAUGUUGUGAUUUCGGGAAGUGAUCCAGGAUGAUACGGUGUGAGGAUGGUCCAUUCAGGUUUGCAAAAGCCAAGUCAAUGUUGGUAGUGGUGUUCCACCUGCCAGAGUGGAAGCUGUCCAGUUGUUUUGGGUCGUACAGGAGUUGAACGGCAGUAGCUGAGGCCCAGUCUGCUAGUGCAGCGGCAUCCGAGUUAGUUGAACGGUAGCCCCAGGUGGUGCUGUGGCAGGUAAAGUCUUCGGCGCAGAUGCAGGGCGAACCAAAGGUGGGGAUGGAGUCUUUGUGGAGCUUGGUAGAAGGUGGCUUGUAUACAUUGAUGACCGUGACACCUUCGACUUGCGUUGUUGCCCAUUCCACGUCGGAGUCAGGAGGGGACACUGCAAUCGCUUUCCAUUUUGCUGUGUUCCUUACAAAAGUGGCAAUCCCGUGGGUGUCACUCUUGGUGCAGGCUGCUCGGGUAUAACCAGGGAUCUUCAGAUGGGAGCUAUCACUUUUGUGAGUCUCUUGGAGCAGGAUUGCAAUGACUUUGUGGGUCUGUAGUAGAUGUUCAAUGAUGGUGGUCUUGGCGUUGGUGAGGUCUUCCGCAUUCGGCUGCAGCAGGGUGAUGCCAUCCGGUUCGACAUCUGUAGAUGCCCGCCCUAAAAAGGGCGCACGCUCCUGGUUGGCGCCGAGCUGCGGCGACUGAGGUUGCAUUAGGGCUGCAAGCUGUUGUUGUUCAUUGUUAUUUCUGCUGCUGUCUCUGUUUGUUGCCGUUUGCCUGACUGAGGUCAGUUGACAGGGCUCACCACAGGGAGGUCGACAACAUGAGCCCUAUGUGUUAUACAAAACGGUUAUAUACCUUUAUACAGGACGAAAUCCGGCUUGUUCAGCGGGUAGUUGGGGGUCGACGAUUGGAUCGAGCCGGGCCAGGAGAAGCCGUUCGAGAAGCUUGUACGGGACACAGAGGAGUGAGAUGGGUCGAUGGUUCCUUGGGUCGUACACACGCUUGUUUGGUUUUGGUAGUGCAAUGACGGUGGCUUUCCACCAGAUCUUCGGAAUGGACUGACCAAUGAGGCAAGAGGAGUAGAACUCACGGAGCCAGACCUGGCAUUUAGGACCGCAGUGUUUCAGGAAUUCUGGGGGGAUGUUAUCAGGACCCUGGGCUUUUCCGCAUUUCAAUUGAGUGAUGACAGGAGAGAGUUCUGCAGAGGAAAAGGCUGCUGACUGGAGCCCAUCAGCGCCUGGAGCUUUCCAAAGAUUAGUGGUUUUCUUUUGACAGAACGAGUUUGAUUCUUGUCUGUCUCUUUGAAUUGGCCGUUGGCCAGGAGCUGGUGGGCGAUGGAGUUGGCCGUGACAGGGCAAUGCUUUGGGCGGGUACUUCGACCGGUGAGGCAAUUGAAGUUCUUCCAUUCCACCCUACUGGAGUGUGUGAAGUCGAUUCCUUGGACUGUCUUUUCCCACCGCCCUCUGCGGUUCUUGAUCGAGGCAGGUUGCCAGUUCCGUAGCCUUGGAGGCAGCCUCUUCACCAGGUUCAGCGUCCAGGAAUGCGUCGUAGCAUGCGUCACACUCUUCGUCCCAUGUGGGGAUGUACCGGCAAUGAUAGCCGCGAGGAAUGGAACUCUUCGCUGCCCUGAUGAGGAAUUUGCAGAAGACUCAGUAGGAUUUGUCCAGAUUGGUGGAGAAGGGGGUGGGGAGGCUGUCGAUCCAGAAGUCUACCAGACGUGUGAACUGGUCCCACCUGGCCUUGCGGAAAUUCCACCUCUUCGCAGGUUUGGCUGAGACCGGCUCAAUGAGGUUGUCCGGGAUAAUCAGAGAUGGGCGAUGUUGUGAUUUCGGGACGUGAUCCAGGAUGAUACGGUGUGACGAUGGUCCAUUCAGGUUUGCAAAAGCCAAGUCAGGGUUGGUAGUGGUGUUCCACCUGCCAGAGUGGAAGCUGUCCGGUUGUUUUGGGUCGUACAGGAAUUGAACGGCAGUAGCUGAGGCCCAGUCUUCUAGUGCAGCGCUAUCCGAGUUAGUUGAACGGUAGCCCCAGGUGGUGCUGUGGCAGGUAAAGUCUCCGGUGAAGACGCAGGGCGAACCAAAGGUGGGGAUGGAGUCUUUGUGGAGCUUGGUAGAAGGUGGCUUGUAUACAUUGAUGACCGUGAUACCUUCGACUUGUUGCCCAUUCCAUGUCGGAGGGGAAACUGCAAUCGCUUUCCAUUUUGCUGUGUUCCUUACAAAGUGGCAAUCCCGUGGGUGUCGCUCUUGAUGUUGGCUGCUCGGGUAUAACCAGGGAUCUUCAGAUGGGAGCUAUCACUUUUGUCAGUCUCUUGGAGCAGAAUAGCAAUGACUUUGUGGGUCUGUAGCAGAUGUUCAUUGAUGGUGGCCUUGGCUUUGGCGAGGUCGUCCGCAUUCAGCUGCAGCAGGGUGAUGCCAUCCGGAUCAACACCUGUAGAUGCUCGCCCUAAAAAGGGCGCACGCUCCUGGUUGGCGCGAAGCUGCGGAGACUGAGCUCAGUUAACAGUGUUCACCACAGGGAGGUCGAUGAUUCCUAUGUGUUAUAUAAAACAGUUAUAUAAAAGCUCUAAAUGCAAAAUUAUGUAUAUUUUUGAAAUGUUAAGGAAGGUUAUUUAACUGUUCCUGAGGAGUUAGGAUAUCAGAGAGAGAUCAUAUUGAGAGAUUAUAUUUCUACUUGGAAACGCGUCUGUACAUUUAAAGUGGUGCUGCAGAUUUGAGGAAAGCACUGAGUACAUUAGAAUAUAAUCUAUUACUCUCAUGUUUGUUAUGUUGCCAUUAGGGUACAAUUUAGAAAUGCACUUUUGUUAAUUAUUUUGUUUGACAAAGUUUUUAUUAAAAGUUACAAUUCGUUUUGA